AAGUCAGUUGGAAUGAUGGAUCUUUUCUAUGGUUUUUGCCAAUUCCUGAUGAACGAGAUCAAAGAUUUCAUGAUUGUUAUCGUAGACGGUAACAGUAGAGACCACACAUAUUUCCAUUUAGCAUGGAUACGUUCGGAGGUAUUCGAAAUAUCAAAUCAUUGGAUACUGCCCAUCAUCGUCGGACUACCUUUUCUGGCAAGAUUUAUUCUUGGGGCUCCACUAAUGAUCGCGUUUUUUAUCUUUAAAUGGCGAAGUAGACAUUUGUCAUUGUAUACUGGCAUAGAAGAUUUUCUACAUAAUGAAAAUAACUUCGGGCCAAUAAGGUAUUCUUACUCGGACAUUAAGAAAAUGAGUAAUAGAUUCAAGCAAAAGCUAGGUGAAGGAGGCUAUGGCUGUGUAUUUAAAGGAAAACUACGUAGCGGUCAUUUUGGAGCAAUUAAGCUAUUGGGAAAGUCUAAAGGCAAUGGGCAAGAAUUCAUUAAUGAAGUAGCUACCAUUGGAAGGAUUCACCAUACCAAUGUGGUUCAGCUUAUUGGUUAUUGUGUUGAGGGAUCAAAAAGAGCUCUUGUAUAUGAUUUCAUGCCUAAUGGAUCUCUUGAUAAAUAUAUAUAUUCCAAAGCAGGAAGUAUCUCGUUAAGUUUUAAGCAGAUGUAUGAGAUUUCUCUAGGCAUUGCUAAAGGUAUCGAGUAUUUACAUCAAGGAUGUGACACGCAAAUUUUGCAUUUUGAUAUCAAGCCUCACAACAUUCUUCUUGAUCAAAAUUUCAUUCCAAAGAUUUCUGAUUUUGGUCUUGCAAAGUUAUAUCCAACGAAAAAAAGCAUUGUUACUUUGACAGCAAUAAGGGGAACAAUGGGAUACAUGGCACCUGAAUUGUUCUACAAGAACAUUGGAGGUGUCUCAUAUAAAGCUGAUGUUUAUAGUUUCGGAAUGUUGCUGAUGGAAAUGGCAAGCAAAAGGAAAAAUUUGAAUCCAAUGGAAGAGCAUUUGAGCCAAAUUUACUUUCCUUCAUGGGUAUAUGAUCAAUACAGUCAAGGAAAUGAUCAUUUAGAUAUGACUAACGUCUCAGAGGAAGAAAGAGUGAUAAUUAAGAAGAUGGUCAUCAUAGCUUUAUGGUGUAUACAAUUGAAACCAAGUGAUCGUCCUUCAAUGGAUAAAGUUAUAGAGAUGCUUGAAGGAGAUGUUGAAAGAUUACAAAUGCCUACCAAGCCUGCUCUAUACCUAGAAGAGAUGUCCCAAGGUGAUACAGAAUAUACUAAUUCGAACCUAGUAUGUUCCAACAUGGAGCUAACAUGCACCCUGUCAGCUAGGUGACAGUGAUGUUGAUUGUCAAUUUUAA